AUGACCGAUAUCCUUAACAUCGAAGGCGAGCCGGUCUUUGACGAUCGUAUCGUCAAGAUCGAGACUCACACGUACAACCCGUACGCCAACACGACGUUUGAGUAUAGCGACGAGAUACGAAUACCCAUACAACAACAGGAUCUGUAUACCUUGCCGUAUGAGAGUUUUCUAUACAUCGAGGGAAAACUAAAGAUAAACAAACCAGCUGAAGGAUCUAAUGUGGUACUGGGAAAUAAUUGCGUCGCGUUUAUGUUCGAUGAGAUCCGAUACGAACUCGACGGUGUGGAGAUUGAUCGUAACAGAAAUGUGGGAAUAACUAGCACACUCAAGAACUAUGUAACGAUAUCAUCCGAUAAAACCGUGAUUAUGAGGAACGCCGGCUGGAAUACGCAGUACGCAUUAACAAGUAGCAAUAACGCGAAUGGAUACUUCAAUUUUUGCGUACCGCUCUACAUGUUAUUGGGAUUUUGCGAGGAUUACAGAUGCGUAGUGAUUAACGCUCGUCACGAGUUGAUCUUAAUACGAUCGCGCAACGACAACAAUUGUCUGCUUGGAAAUUUGGCACUGGAGCCUGCGAUCGACAUAUUCAAGAUACAAUGGCGAAUGCCAGACGUGGUAUUGAACGAGAUCAAUAAGCUGUCGAUGCUGCGCGCCUUGGAAAGCGGACGAUACCUCAGCAUGGGUUUUUGCUCGUGGGAUCUGUACGAAUUUCCGCUAUUGCAGCGUACAACCAAGCAUUCGUAG